GACCAUCACAUCCACGAGGGCCCCCCACAGUCAACAAUAUGAGCAGCAGUGCGCAAUUCGAGAUCCCCGAGAACCAGAAUCCUGCGGACGCCAUAUCGUCCGUCAAAUUUGCGCCUCACUCUAAUAAGCUCCUCGUUGCUUCCUGGGACAAGCAUGUCUACCUCUACGAGAUCACCAGCGGCAUCGGAACUCUCAUAAACAAAUUCGAACACCGUGCCCCCGUCCUUGAUGUCUGCUUCGGCAAAGACGACGACGAGGCCUUCAGCUGUGGCCUGGACUGGGACGUUCGACGAAUCGAUCUCACAACCGGCGCCCAAAAUGUCCUGAGCACCCACUCAGCGCCCGCAAAUCGCCUCGUCUACAGCAACACGCUAUCCCUCCUCAUAUCUGCCUCCUGGGACUCGACUCUCCACUUCCACUCUCUCAGCGGCGACCAAAUCCCGGCCUCUCUCGCGCUCCCGUCGAAAGCAUUCUCGCUCUCCCUAACCCCCACCAAGCUCGUGGUAGCUAUGGCAUCGCGAGCCCUCCACAUAUACGAACUCAGCAACUUACAUCUGCUUAUAUCAGAAUCUAGCGCUACCGACUCUGCUAUCAACACUAUCGAAGCCGAGCCAUGGCAGCGCCGCGAAAGCUCCCUGAAGUACAUGACUCGCGCUGUCGCAUGCAUGCCCAACGACGCCGGCUACGCUUCGUCUAGCAUCGAGGGUCGCGUUGCUGUCGAAUGGUUCGAUCCCUCUAACGACUCACAAGCGCGGAAGUACGCUUUCAAGUGCCAUCGCCAGACUGUGGAUGGCGUCGACGUGGUGUAUCCUGUCAACGCGCUCGCAUUUCACCCCGUGCACGGCACGUUCGCAUCUGGAGGCGGUGACGGGAUUGUGGCAAUUUGGGACGCGGUGGCCAAACGGAGGAUUCGACAGUACCACAAGUUUCCGGCCAGUGUGGCGGCGCUGGAUUUCUCUACCGAUGGUAAGUUCUUGGCAGUUGCAUGCAGCCCAGGCUUCGAGGAUGGGAAGGAGGAUCUUGGCGAGGGGAGCGUGAGCGUUGUCAUUAGAGAGCUAGGGGAGGUUGAGGCGAAGGGCAAGGCGGCGAAGUGAGAAGGCUUUCAGCAGAGGGGUGGAAGGGGAUGAGGGGGUGGGGGGGGAGGCGGGAGAGGACGGGGCAGGAGAAGUGGAUUUUUCGAGUCUCGUCACGGCGACGUUCAAGACGAUUGGAAUCGGAGCGAGAGGUAAAUAAGGCGUUUUUGGACCUUGGGAAACGGCUUAUGAACACGUACAAAGGUUUAGGCUCUAAGACUCGACACUCAGAAUCGGAUACACUUGGAACACGGUCAAAACAGGUUAUAUUUGAGGUCUCCUCUCAUCUGAAGGAUACCUCUUUGGGGGCAGGUGUUGGCAUGUCAAAAGGUGUUGGCUUUCCUGUACCUUGAGAAGUUCUCUAGUAUUGCCCGAGGU